AUGGCGGACUCAGUAGCGGCUGGUCUCGCGGAUGAAAACGAUACUGAAAAUGAGGAUAAGGAGAGGGAGAAACGACUCUUCAGCAGCGUCAAAAAGACGGAGAAACAAGCCGCUGCGUCAGACCUUACAGAAACUCUGGGAUUUUACGAGAGGAAGGCGAAAUGCAAAGAGAGAAAGAGCAAUGUGUCCGAUCUCUCUCUUGUAAGGUUUAUCAGUGCUGAGUUGACUAGAGGAUAUUUUCUGGAACACAAUGAGGCCAAAUACACCGAGCGGAGAGAGAGGGUCUAUACCUGCCUGCGUAUUCCCAAAGAACUGGAGAAGCUGAUGAUGUUUGGGUUUUUCCUGUGUCUGGAUGUGUUUCUGUACGUGUUCACUCUGCUGCCCCUCAGAGUGCUGCUGGCCCUGAUCAGACUGCUGACACUGCCCUGCUGCGGCCUCAGUGGAUCUCGUAUCUUGCAGCCUGCUCAGGUGUGUGAUGUUCUGAAGGGUUUCAUCAUGGUUUUGUGUUAUUUCAUGAUGCAUUAUGUGGAUUACUCCAUGAUGUACCACCUGAUCCGGGGUCAGUCUGUCAUAAAGCUCUACAUCAUCUACAACAUGCUGGAGGUGGCAGAUCGCUUGUUUUCAUCGUUCGGUCAGGAUAUUCUGGAUGCUUUGUACUGGACUGCCACUGAACCUAAAGAGAAAAAAAGAGCUCAUAUAGGAGUCAUCCCACAUUUCUUCAUGGCUGUUCUCUACGUCUUUCUACAUGCCAUUCUGAUUAUGGUCCAGGCCACCACUCUGAACGUGGCUUUCAAUUCACACAACAAGUCACUGCUCACCAUUAUGAUGUCCAAUAAUUUUGUUGAGAUCAAAGGAAGUGUAUUCAAGAAAUUUGAGAAAAACAAUCUCUUCCAAAUGUCCAACAGUGACAUUAAAGAAAGAUUUACACACUACACACUCUUACUAAUCGUCUGUCUUAGAAACAUGGAGCAGUUCUCCUGGAAUCCAGAUCAUCUAUGGGUAUUGUUUCCUGAUGUUUGUAUGGUGAUCGCCUCAGAGAUAGCAGUGGAUGUUGUCAAACAUGCCUUCAUCACAAAAUUUAAUGACAUUACAGCAGAUGUCUAUAGUGAAUACAGAGCGAGCUUGGCAUUUGAUCUGGUCAGCAGCAGACAGAAGAACGCAUACACAGACUACAGUGACAGUGUGUCUAGGCGGAUGGGCUUCAUUCCUCUUCCUCUUGCUCUACUGUUGAUCCGGGUGGUGACCAGCUCAGUGAAGAUCCAGGGCUCUCUGUCCAUUGUUUGUGUUGUGCUCUUCUACCUGGGUAUGAUCACCCUGAAGGUGCUGAACAGUAUUGUGUUGUUGGGGAAAUCCUGUAUGUAUGUGAAAGAGGCUAAUAUGGAGGAGAAGCUGUUUCAAAAUCCCCCCUCUGCAGCUCCCAGCAGAGUGUCCAGCAGAGCCCACCGUACCAAACACACACGCGAACCACCAGGUGAGCAAGCGGAGGAGGGCCUGUCUGCAUCAGUCACCACUCAACCCACCCAAAGGGAUGAAUGCCCCGCCCCUCAGAUCCCCACCAGCGAAUCAGAUCAGUUCCUCACUACACCAGAUGAAUCAGAAGAGAAAAGCCUUAUUCAGGACGAUACCGAACUUAAACACGGGGCGGCCAAAAAAGACUUGCUGGAGAUUGACCGCUUUACUAUCUGCGGUAACCGUAUCGACUGACAUUAACGCGCACCUUCAAGUUUAAGAGCGAUGCCAGGUAUGCACUGAAAUGCCCGUCCUCUCUGCCAGCUUGAUUUGUUUGACAUUUGAACCUGAGCUCGUUGGAACGGGACAGCGAGAAACUGCAGGAUAUUUAUUAAUAAGCGACGCACCUAAUUUAUUUAAGACUUAAGCACACUUAUACAACAGACAAUCACACCAACACACCGUUUUAACCAAUGGGAUUCCACCCAGUGAUGUUUCCACGCUUUCAAGAGGUUCGAGUCGAAGUCACCGUUGGACGGCAGGCAAGAUCUUGGUUUGAUGUCACUGUACUUACCUUUCAAAGGGGGCAUCCAAUUAAGAAAAUGAGAGAAAGGGAUGAAUUGUUUUCCUAAAAUACUUACUUGGAAGAUUACUUGCUUUUAUCCCUUCCCCUCAAAAGACUUUUAGUUUGAAAUAUUACCAUGUUCAUUGUCAGUCAAUACUGAAAUCUAAUUACGAUGUGUUCAGCAGAUUUUGUUUUUGUAUCUUUGAGUAAAAGCAAACAGCAGGCUAAAAUACGUUUCACUAUUUUAUUUAUUUUUAAGAGAGUUGCUUUUUCAGUUUAAAUGCAGGGUUUCCAUUGACGAAAAAGAAUGUUUGCAUCGUGAAUGAUUGCAUCGUUUGAGGUAAUGACCUUUUAAAAGCCCAUUGUGAUACUGUGAUGAAACGCAUGCUUGUGAUAUGUCGGUUGAUUGAAGUACACCAUCUUAAUGAAAGGAUUAUAGAUUUUUACAAGACAGUCGCAUGGAAUCAGAAAACUGAAGUACACUUUCAUAACGUGAUUUGCCAGAUUUUCCCUUUAAGGAUGGAAAGUCUUUUUAUUUUUCCCUCCUGCAAGCUCUUAUUAUGCAUAUGCCAUUCCCCCUAGCAUAUCAGAUGAACAAUCGUACAUUGGUGCUGAUGUUGGGAGCAGAUGAAAAAUAGUCAAUUACCAACAUUCCAAAAGUCAGACUUUUGACCAAAGCAAAGUUGAAUAUACAACCUUUUGCUAAUAUCUUUAUAGUGUAUUUAAAAAGACCUGUUGGCCGAUUUACAAGACGAUAAGCAUCAGAAUCCAUUAAUGUAAGUUGAUAACAAUGAGCUUCAUAAUCAUCUUAACAUAAGAUAACAGUGACUUUUUGUGAAAGCCCAUGAUUAGUAAUAAUGCAUCAUGUAUAGUGCUUACAGAACUUAUUGGAGUGCUUUUUCAUCAUAGACAAUAAUGUUUUAUACAUUUGCUUAACAUGGACCACACUGUCUUAAAGGUUUGUUUUUUUGUUGUUGUUGCUGUUUUUUUUUUUUUGUGAUCCACUAAUGUUUCUUAGUAGUACAUGAG